CAUGAGCCCACACUACAUGAGCCCAUGUACCAUUUCCUUGGUGUAUUGUCACUCAUCGACAUUGGCUUAGCCACCACCAUUAUGCCCAAGAUUAUGGCUAUCUUCUGGUUUGAUGCCAAGGCCAUCAGCCUCCCUGAAUGUUUUGCUCAGAUGUAUGUCAUCCACUGCUUCUUUGGUAUGGAGUCUGGUAUCUUCCUCUGCAUGGCAGUGGACAGAUACAUAGCCAUCUGUCACCCUCUUCGAUACCCCUCCAUAGUCACUAAUGCUUUUAUGGUCAAAGUCACAGGAUUCAUGGUGCUCAGAAAUAGCUUGUUGACCAUUCCAGUGCCUGUCCUGGCUGCCCAAAGACUCUACUGCUCCAAGAAUGAAAUUGACCACUGCCUGUGCUCUAACUUGGGGGUCAUCAGCCUGGCUUGUGAUGACAUCACUGUGAACAAAUUUUACCAACUGUUCUCAGCAUGGAUCAUACUUGGGAGUGAUAUGGCUCUGGUUUUUUCUUCCUAUGCACUAAUCCUUCACACUGUGCUGAGGCUGAACUCAACCAAAGCAAUGUCCAAGGCUCUGAGCACCUGCAGCUCCCAUCUCAUCCUCAUUUUCUUCUUCUACACAGGUAUCAUUGUGCUGUCUGUCACACACCUUGUAGAAGAAAAGAUUCCCCUUAUCCCUGUACUCCUUAAUGUGCUGCACAAUAUCAUCCCUCCUGCUCUCAACCCCAUGGUCUAUGCUCUCAGGAUGGGAGAGCUCAGACUGGGUUUCCAG